CGUCCGUACACAAUUCCUACCAAGCUUAAACCCUAAAAUCAAUUUAUCAGUCCAUCAAAAACCCUAGCUCUCUUCCCUCUCUCUCUCAAGUCCAUUAAGAAUUAUCACUAUCUACAAAUCCCUAUACUCAAUUCUGUAUCCAAAAUAGAAUAGUCUUAAUGUCGUCGAUGCAAAUCAAGAAGAGUUACCGGAGCGUGCCGUCGUUGCAGCAAUUCUACACCGGAGGACCGUUCGUGGUGGCAUCUGAUGGCUCCUUCAUUGCCUGCGCUUGUGGAGAAGCCAUUAAGAUCGUGGAUUCGGCCAAUGCUUCAAUAAGGGGCAGUAUCGAAGGUGACACGGAGGCUGUCACGGCCCUGGCACUUGGUCCUGAUGAUAAAUUGCUGUUUUCUGCCGGCCACAGCAGGCAAAUUAGAGUAUGGGAUUUGACCACUAUGAAAUGUGUGCGCUCAUGGAAGGGGCACGAUGGUCCCGUAAUGGGAAUGGCUUGCCAUGGGUCUGGAGGAUUACUUGCAACUGCAGGAGCUGAUAGGAAAGUCCUUGUUUGGGAUGUUGAUGGUGGAUUCUGCACUCAUUACUUCAAAGGCCAUAAAGGGGUUGUGACAAGUAUCACGUUUCAUCCUGAUACAAACAGAAUGCUUCUUUUCUCUGGAAGUGAUGAUACCACUGUACGAGUUUGGGAUCUUCUAGCCAAGAAGUGCAUAGCAACAUUGGAAAAACAUUUUUCAACAGUGACCUCUUUGGCAGUAUCUGAAGAUGGAUGGACAUUACUCAGUGUUGGAAGAGAUAAGGUGGUGAUCUUGUGGGACCUUCAUGCCAAUGUCUGCAAGAAGAUGAUUCCUGCUUAUGAGAUGCUGGAAGCGCUGUGUGUAAUUCCUUCGCGGACUCAAUUUUCCUCAUUUCUGGGAUCACACAAUCAGCAGAGUGAGAAAAAUAAAAAUGAAUCAUCUGCAAUUCAUUUCAUUACAGUCGGUGAACGUGGGAUUGUACGGAUAUGGAAUUCUGAACGUGCAGUUUGCCUUUAUGAACAAAAGUCUUCGGAUGUUACUGUCAUGUCAGACACUGAUGAGGCAAAAAGAGGCUUCACAGCUGCUGCUAUCCUUCCUUUAGAUCAAGGAUUGCUUUGUGUGACUGCUGAUCAGCAAUUUCUAUUUUACUUACCAGUUGAACACCCUGAAGAGAAGUUCAAGUUAGCAUUGCACAAAAGACUUAUUGGGUAUAAUGAGGAGAUUCUUGAUAUGAGGUUUUUGGGUGAGGAGGAAAAUUUUCUUGCUGUUGCUACAAAUCUUGAACAGAUUCGAGUAUAUGACCUGGAUUCUAUGUCGUGCUCCUAUGUUUUGGCGGGUCAUUCUGAAAUUGUAUUGUGCCUCGACACUUGUGUGUCAAAAUCUGGAAGGACGCUUAUAGUAACAGGAAGUAAGGACAAUACUGUAAGGUUGUGGGAUUCAGAAAGCAGAAAUUGCAUUGGUGUUGGCACAGGUCACAUGGGAGGUGUUGGAGCUGUUGCAUUUUCAAAGAAGUGGAAGAAUUUCUUUGUUAGUGGUAGCAGUGAUCAUACUAUCAAGGUAUGGAGUUUGGAUGGUGUCUCAGACGAUGUGGAUCAUCUCGUUAAUUUGAAAGCAAAAGCAGUUGUAGCAGCUCAUGACAAGGACAUAAAUUCUCUGGCUGUUGCACCAAAUGAUAGUUUGGUUUGUAGUGGUUCACAGGACCGGACUGCUUGUGUAUGGAGGCUUCCAGAUCUCGUAUUUGUUGUUGCACUUAAAGGGCAUAAAAGAGGAAUUUGGUCUGUAGAGUUUUCACCAGUUGAUCAAUGUGUCAUUACAGCAUCUGGGGAUAAAACCAUAAAGAUAUGGGCAAUAGCAGAUGGGUCUUGCUUAAAAACAUUUGAAGGGCACACAUCAAGUGUAUUAAGAGCAUCAUUUCUUACCCGAGGCACACAAUUUAUUUCAUGUGGUGCUGAUGGUUUGGUAAAGCUAUGGACUCUAAAAACAAAUGAAUGCAUUGCCACAUAUGAUCAACACGAGGACAAGGUUUGGGCCCUAGCUGUUGGGAAAAAGACAGAAAUGUUUGCAACAGGUGGCGGGGAUGCGGUUGUCAAUCUGUGGUAUGACUCAACUGCUUCUGAUAAAGAGGAAGCUUUCCGUAAAGAGGAGGAAGGCGUUUUAAAAGGUCAAGAAUUGGAAAAUGCUGUGUUAGAUGCUGAUUACACUAAAGCUAUCCAAAUAGCAUUUGAACUUCGCAGACCUCAUAAACUUCUUGAGUUAUUUGCUGAUCUUUGCAGGAAGAGGGAAGCUGACUAUCAAGUAGAGAAAGCUCUUCAUGCGCUUGGCAAGGAAGAACUUCAUCUACUCUUUGAGUAUGUUCGUGAAUGGAAUACAAAACCAAAGCUUUGUCAUGUUGCACAAUAUAUUCUCUUUCGAGUUUUCAACAUUCUUCCUCCAACUGAGAUUCUCGAGAUAAGAGGGAUUGGAGAACUUCUUGAAGGUCUUAUCCCAUAUUCUCAGAGGCACUUCAGCAGGAUAGACCGACUUGUAAGAAGCACAUUUUUGGUGGACUAUACUCUGAACGGAAUGUCAGUUAUCGAGCCAAAUGCUCAAACUGCUGAACCAAAGGACAGUUCUUAUGCAUCCAAGAAUGUAAAUGAUAAUAACAGCAUGCUUUUAGAUGAACAAGCCGAGGAAGAGCAACAGCAGACUCCUGAAGUGUCAAAAGAGAAGAAUAAUUCCAAGAAACGGAAAUCAAAGAAAGGUAGAGAUGGCUCACAUAAGAAAGUGAAGGGUUCAGCUUACACAAGUAUAGCCGCAAUUCCAUUACAGCCAUAGGACAGUUCUGGACAAGUGUGCUCUUACUGUUACAUUGCAAUUUUGACCAUGUAAAUUUCUAGAAAUUUGGAGAGUAUUCUCUGAAUAGCUCAAUCCUUCAGUUUUUUUUCAAUCUGUUUGUAACAUAACAUUGUAUGCUGAUUUUUGUUCGUAUGAUAGAGGUUGAAUAGCAUUUAUUUUUUC